CCCGCCUUUGCUUUCGUUCCCUGAAACAAGUAUCUGACGGGGUUUGGGGGCGCCCUUGGCGUCGCCUAUCGCUGACAGUCCAGGGUGGUUUAAAGGAGGUGGCGGGAAGCCGCUGCGUGGUUGGAUUCCUCUUUCUGUGGUCGCCUUGAUUGCUCACAGUCUCGUAGUAAAACAAGCCACGAUGUCCGUCAAUCCAAUGACUUACGAGGCCCAGUUCUUCGGCUUCACACCACAAACUUGCAUGCUUCGGAUCUACAUUGCGUUUCAAGAUUACUUGUUUGAAGUGAUGCAGGCUGUGGAGCAGGUUCUUGUGAAGAAGCUGGAUGGAGUCUCAAACUGUGACAUCAGCCCCAUCCAGAUUCGCAAGUGCACAGAGAAGUUUCUUGGCUUCAUGAAAGGACGCUUUGACAGCCUUUUUGGUAAAAUGGAGCAGCUGUUUUUGCAGUUAAUUUUGCAUAUUCCUCCAAACAUUUUGCUUCCUGAAGACAAAUUCCAGGAGCUACAUUCUUAUAGUGAGGAACAGUUCCAGCUUCUUAAAGAGGAAAUCGAACAGUUACAGGAGAAGUAUAAGACUGAAUUAUGUGCUAAGCAGGCCCUUCUUGCAGAAUUAGAAGAGCAAAGCGUUGUCCAGGCCAGACUGAGACAGACAUUGACUUUGUUUGAUGAGCUUAUAAAUGUUGGCAGACACCAUGGCACUAGUGAUUUUAGGGAGAGCCUGGUGUCCCUGGUCCAGAAUUCCAGGAAACUACAGGACCUUCGAGGCCAUAUAGAAAGGGAAGGGGCAAGCCUGGAGACGUCGUGAGUUUCCCAAUGGAGAAAGGAAAGAGCCUGUCCGGAAGAAAAGAUCCUUUCCAUGACCAAGGCCUUGGUGAUGUUAAGCCGUUGAUUAUCUUGCACCCCAGGAAUAGAAGACCCUGGACAAUAAAGAAGCAGAUCCCACUGGAACUGGAGGAGGAAGCCUGAAACAGAACCUAGUAUCCUGAUGGUUACGUAUUUAAACCAGUCUAUAUUUUUUCAUUCCUCAGUUCAUUUUGAAUUGCCUUGUAGCUAAUUUAUUGUAAGUUGUUUAUUCAAAUUGUAAUUUUAUUCACUCUCAUUCCCCCAACAGGAUGAAGUUUUAAUCAAAUCUUAUGCUUAAAUUCAAUGGCAUGUGAAAUUUCUUUUUGUAACUAUAAUCCAUGUGAAAUGUUAGAUUACCUAAGGAAGAGGGAGAAAUAGCAAUAGCUGCUCGUAAGCUACUGCCUGUCCUUCAUCUCUUCCUAAAGAAUAGAAUUUGGAAUUCAUGUAGAGAAGGGGCAAUUUAAUGAUUAAUAUUUAUAAUUAAAUAGAUAUAGGAGGCCUAUGUUUGUGUUUACCUGUAUAUAUGUGUGUGUGUGUAAAGCAGUCCCUUUCCCAAUCUUGUUUGUUAAAUACAUGAUGAUUUCAAAGCAUUUUAUUAAAAUUGCCCCCCAAAAGAUAUGUCUAUUUUUUAUUUCCCAGAACCUGAAUGUUUGCCAUAUUUGGGCAGAAGGAGAUCUUUGCAAAUGUAAUUAAGGAUCUCGAGGAGGCCAUCCUGCUGGGAUAUCUGGUGGGCCUUAAAUCCAAAGGCAAAGAUCUUUGUAAGAGAAACAGAGAAUCAGUAUGACCCUGGAGUGAAGCAACUCCAAAGCCGAAGAAUCCAACAACCCCUGCAUGCUGCAGGAGGCGGGGAGGAUUGUCCCCUAUAGCGUCUGGAGCGGGUUCUGCCCUGGUUGCAGACUUCUGCCCUUCAGAACUGUGAAAGAAUGUAUAUGGGUUGUUUUAAACCACCAUGUUUGUGGUAGCAACAAGAAACUAAUACAC